AGAAGCAUGAAGUGGUUUGGGAUCCUCGGGCUGGUGGCCCUCUCAGAGUGCCUAGUCAUAAUCCCUCUAACGAAGAUCAAGACCAUGCGAGAAACCCUAAGGGAGAAAACCAUGCUGACAAAUUUCCUGGAUGAGAACACUGAUGACAGAUCCCAGAAUGUCGCCCGUGACAGGAAAUUCUCCCUUCUACCCCUGAGCAACUACAUGGAUGUGUCCUAUGUCGGCAACAUCACCAUUGGAACACCUCCUCAGGAGUUCAGGGUUGUCUUUGACACUGGCUCAGCUGACUUGUGGGUGCCCUCCAUCUAUUGCUACAGUCCUGCCUGCCAUGCACACAAUAUCUUCGACCCUCACUUGUCUACCACGUUUCGUCUCUCAGCCCAGCGAUUCUACCUCACCUAUGCCUCUGGGAAAAUGGUUGGAUUUCUUGGCUAUGACACCGUUCGGAUCGGGAAACUUGUCAACGUGGUCCAGGCAUUUGGCCUGAGCCAUAUGCAGAUUGGGUUUGAACAUCCACUCUUUGAUGGCAUUCUGGGCCUGGGAUACCCCAGCCUCAGCCUUGAAGGGACCAUCCCUGUCUUCGACAACAUGAAGAAACAGGGUGUCAUUUUGAAGCCUGUCUUUGCCUUCUACUUGAGCAGCAAGAAGGAGAAUGGCAGCGUGGUGAUGUUUGGUGGGGUGGACCACAGCUACCACAAAGGGCAGCUCAAGUGGAUACCAGUGUCCCAAACCUACUACUGGCAGAUAGCCAUGAACCGCAUCACCAUGAACGGGACAGUUGUUGGUUGCUCCCGCGGAUGCCAAGCCAUUCUGGAUACCGGGACCACGUUCCUGAUGGGCCCAACUACACUGGUCACUACAAUCCAGAAGCACAUCACAGCCAGGCCUGUUGGUCAUGAGUACCGAGUUCCAUGUAAGAACAUCAAGCGCCUGCCUAGUAUCAUCUUCACCAUCAAUGGCCACGACUACCCAGUGCCUGCUAAAGCCUACAUCUGGCGGAUUGGUCGGGGCCACUGUAACAGCAACUUUCAAGGCGGCACAGAUAAAUGGAACCUGUCAGAGACCUGGAUCCUGGGUGAUGUCUUCCUGAGGCUGUAUUUCUCAGUUUAUGAUCGGGGAAGCAACAGGAUUGGCCUGGCUCCUGCAGUGUAA